AUGUUAUCUACGUUACAGCAGCAAAGCGCUAAUCUCCUCGAGGACCAGCUGGAAACAAGGGUGCUUCUUCAAAAACUGUAUGACCGGCCACCACCAACACAGCUGGAGAUUAGACCACCUUCAGUUCGUAAUGAGGCACAGGAGGCUGCGUCAUGGAAAGGGAUUACAGACUUGCUUCAUUGGAUUCUUAAUGCCCAUGGUAUCAUUUCUGAUAUGCAGGACCAAGAAGUUGCGCCCCUGCAGCUCCACCUGCCCAACCUCCCUUGGAGGAGAGUAGCAACGAGUGGGCUGAUAUCCCAUCGUUACAGUACGGCAUCUCAUGCACCUAUAGAUCUCCUGCUGAAGCUGAGCCAGAGGGGCGAGGCUGCUGUUGAGCCUCCAACUAUUACCAUACCCACCCCAGUAACAGUAGUGGAGGGUUCCUCCUUUGUCCCAGAGGGCACGCAGUGCAAGUCCAUGAGCACUGUAGAGCAGAUGCCGACAGGAGAGGACGUUUCCAGUGUUGCAGAUCGCCUGCCCUUCCUCCAGGGCCCAAGGGAUCGGCCUGUUCGAGAAGGCUCUCCACGCCGAGAAUUCGAGUAUCCUCCCUCCACCGGGGAGGCCUUGGCAGAGGCUGUUGACCCUGCAUUGGACUUGAAGAUAGUUCGUGAUCAUAGAAAGGCUCGGAGAGGUGGAGGCGGGACGUUCAUUCCAUCACCAGGAGUUCCAAUGUUCCGGCCCCGGACACGGUACAACAAACCUCCGGAAAAGCCUUUGCCAGCUGGGGCCCCACCUGCCCUGCCUGUAACAAAACAGGAAAAAGAGGCACCCUGGCCUCCUACAGCCCCAAUCAUCCUGAGUGUGGCUGUUCUGCCUCCAACAGCAGUAUGCAAGAUAGAAGAUGAUAUAAUGGAGCUCGCCGAUCUGCUUCGACAGAAAGAAGAGUCAGUGCAACAAUCUCCAUCAGUAUGGGAGGUCCGAGAAGUCGUACCAGUCCCGCCUCCAUCCCCUGAACCCAUGGUGGAGCCUAUAGAAGAGGCUGUCUACCCCUCGCCUCCCCCUCUUCACCCAGAGUCGUCUGGCGCACUUAUCGGGUCCUUGGGUGGACUGUGA